AUGACCUCAAAACGACGAGCGGCUGUCGCAGCUUCCCCAGACAUGAAGUUUCGUAGAACGAAACGCCGAAAGGUAUCCGACGAUGAUAUCAUUCCCGAAGAAUCUAAUCGUGCGUCGUCGCAUCUGGACUCAGAGCCACCAGAGGAAGCCGAUCAAACCCCGGAGUCGCAGGCCGAGUCCGAGGCAGAAGCAGAUUUUGAAGGUGAUAGUCUUCAGACUGCGCAGGACAAGAUCAUGUCCGAGUUGACCCGGCUCAAGGAUGCUGAUGGCGAGGAUGUUUCUUACCCGUUCAUUGGCAAACCAGACCGGAAUCUCUACCGGGAUUAUUAUGAGAUCAUUCAGCAUCCUGUGUCCUUACGGAGCAUACAAAAGAGAGUUCGUGGUACAGACAGCAGGAAGAAUUCAUCCAGAACCACCGCAUAUCCGACAUGGCAGUCUUUCGAAGAGGAGGUCAGCUAUGUAUGGCGAAAUGCCAGAGAGUACAACGAAGAUGACAGCGAAAUUGCUAUUCUCGCGGGCGUUUUGGAGGAUCACUUCCACCGACGGGUUGCGGAAGCCAAAAAGCUUGUUCCGGAUCCCAUUCAGGUAGAUGGAACCCCUGAGAUGCCUCGCAUCAAAUUGAAAUUGGGCACACCUGUGCCCCCAACGGCGCAGAGGUUAACAUUGAAAAUGCCUGGGCAGAGCUCCGAUACACUAUCCAAGGACGAUGGAAAACCUUCAGAUGUCGCAUUCAAGAACGAAUCCCAGGGCCAUAAGCAAGAUAUUGCCGGAGCCGGAUUAGCAGGCCAAGAAAUCAGUCGAUCUCCUCGAGGAUGGUCUCGUGGAAGGCAACUUGACAGUCCCAGGUCAAGCACGGCCACGCCAUCUGGCUCAGAGCAACAACAGAACGGUUCCAUGAGUGCGCAAGGCUUACCGGUAACAAACGCAACCGCCCUGGCAAUGUCCACUUCGCAAAAUCACCCCAAUGCGUCUUUUGAUGUCCCUUCGGAUGUCACCCGGCAUUCAUCUUUGGCUUCUGACCCAAAGAUGGCUCUGAUUCGCAAUGUUCAGAUUCUUACACAUCCCUCUUUGUCGUUGCAACCCGACUUCUGCCUAGAUAUCCCGCCUUCUUCGCUUCUUUCGCAACAGAAUAUCACAAUUCAUCUUCCUCCGUCGCACAAUAUACUGACAGUUAGGCCCCGUUUAGCGCCUAGUACUUCCCAGCGACAGAUAAAAAUCGUUGCGCUCAUGGGUAUGCAGCGUUUACAUUCAUCCGGCGAUGCAACUACACUUUCAUAUGAUAUCCACCUGCACCCUGGCAUGACGAAGGUUGAUUUGGAAGCUAUUGCUGGCCCAGCCAGAGGAGUUCCGAAAUCUGGGCCCCCUGGAUCAGAUGUGGAUUACGAGCGAGUCACUCUAUUUUUUAAUCUGCUACGUUAA